AUCUCUCGCACCAGACUGUUCAACACUGUGAAAUACAACUCCUGUCGUCAUCGGAGAUAGUUUCAAGACAAUCAAGUUGAUUGACAUCGUCUACAGGGGACAGAAACUACCAGAAUAACUGGACUACAUAGUGAAACUGGACAACAUUAACAGUUGCACUAAUCAGUACAACUCAAUACAUUUGUGACAGCUGCUAACGGAUUUUGACAGUGAAAGUUAACGAUUCAACAGUCACCCCGCCCCUUUCCUCCGUCUGGGAAUGCUGGGAUGUUUACAUUACUGGCACGGGUCAGGAAUGGUGAGCAGUUACGGGAAAGUGUCUGAGCACAUAACCGCCUUACCUAACUAACUCGUUGACAACAGACGUCUUUUAUUCGGAACGUGUCUGGAGAGGCCCCUGAGCUCCACUACCGCUCGACCUUGGCUUGAAAAUAAGUAAAAGAUCCGCCAUCAUCAUCAUCGCAAACCCCCAGACUGUGGAGGCAUAGCGAGGCUGCCACUUCCUGGGUUUGAGCUCCUGUCAACAUGAACGUAGAGCCACAAGGUCAACAGGAAGCAGUCCCGCCUUUUCAGCCAGAGAUGGCUCCAAUGCCUUUGGAUGAGAACAUGAGUCAGAUGGUGAACUUCCAGAUCGUGAAGAAGAUCGGCAGCGGGCAGUUCAGCGAAGUGUACCGGGCCAUCUACCUGAUCAACAACACGCCGGUGGCCCUGAAGAAAGUGCAGAUAUUCGACUUGAUGGAUGCCAAAGCUCGGCAAGAUUGCAUCAAAGAAAUAGAUCUCCUUAAGCAACUGAAUCACCCCAACGUCAUUAAGUAUCAUGCCUCCUUUAUUGAAGACAAUGAGCUGAAUAUUGUUUUGGAGUUGGCUGAUGCCGGGGACCUGUCACGAAUGAUAAAGCACUUUAAGAAGCAGAAGAGGCUGAUUCCGGAGAGGACGGUGUGGAAGUACUUUGUGCAACUGUGCAGUGCACUGGAGCAUAUGCAUUCUCGACGUGUAAUGCACAGAGAUAUAAAGCCCGCUAACGUGUUCAUCACGGCCACGGGCGUGGUGAAGCUGGGAGACCUGGGACUGGGUCGCUUCUUCAGCUCCAAGACCACCGCCGCACACUCACUAGUGGGCACCCCGUAUUACAUGUCUCCGGAGAGGAUACACGAAAAUGGAUAUAACUUCAAGUCUGACCUCUGGUCGCUAGGCUGCCUUCUCUACGAGAUGGCAGCCUUGCAGAGCCCCUUCUAUGGAGACAAGAUGAACCUGUACUCUCUGUGUAAGAAGAUUGAGCAGUGUGACUACCCCCCUCUGCCGUCCGAUCACUACUCUGAGGAGUUAAGGAAACUUGUAGACAUGUGUAUUAACCCAGACCCGGAGAAGAGGCCGGACAUCACCUACGUUUACGACAUCGCCAAGCACAUGCACCACCUGACGCUGGCCAACCAAUGAGAAGACCCCUUGCUUCCUUCCGCAGCCUACCGUAGAGUCCGUCCUCCUGCUUCCUCCCAUCCUGCCCCCUUUCCUCCACACUCCAACACUUCUCCUGGGAAGAGAUCUUGACUGAGGUCUCACAAGUUAACCCCCCCCCCCCCCCCCAGCUCAACAACAAAUCACAACCCCCACCCCGUGCACACACACAUCAUCAAUACCUUUGCACUGUGUUUUUAGAUGCUGAAGUGUUUCGGUCACAGGGAAAUCACAGGUACAAACUCCAUGAAGCCUUGCCGUAGGAGAGAGUACAGGAGUGCAGCACAGAACCUGACCCCAGACAGUGCAAUAGCAAAAAGAGAUGUAGUAUUACAGUUCACAAGGGAGCUGAAAAAAUAGCAACGUAAGGUUUUAUUUAGCGAGAUGUUGCAUUGUAUAUAACAAGCUGGUGUACAGGAUGAAUUUUGAAAUGUCAAAUCAUGAUUUUAAAUUAUUUAAAAUAAUCCCUAAGGUAAAAAAAAAAGCCAUAUGAGGCCAUUCUGAAAUUCUGCAAGUGUCCAAAAAGGAAACGUUUCUCUGCAUUAGUUCUAGCUAUGGCAUAGUGCAUAGAUGUCUAAGGAUAUCCGAGUCAUCCUUGUGAUCUGAAGUCAUUGAUGAAAAUCUGGGAAAGCUGUCGGUAGAUCACAUGGAUACAAUUGGCUACAAGAACAUUGGGAAUACAAUGCGUACAUCGAGUUCCAUUGGACAGCUGAGCAUCUUAUUUGGUCUUGUGUUUUAGAGUAGUGUUUUUAUGAAGGCAUGAAUGUUGUUGCAGAGUAAGGUGAUUGGCAUGAUGGUUGUCAUGGAGAUGAUAAUAAUUGAGCUGUGCCACGGAGGGGGUGGGUAGCACAUAUCCGUUCCAGUUUAAUAAAUUCAUGAAGUCAAUUUUCAUCAGAAUGUAAAUAAUUAUAAGCAAAACUAUACAAAACAUGCUCACUUUCAGUCUAUAGAGGAAUAUAGUUACUGAGUGGCGUUUGUCAUGAAGAUCUUACUUGUUUGUGAGCAGACAAUAUUGGUGCAAUAUGCCCAAGCAAACACAAAAUCACAUUUCCAUCAGCAUAGUUAUAGGCAAACAAAAUGUUUAAAACGCUGGUCAACAAAGGAAAGGUCUGCAGCCUGGCAACCCUCUGACACCUGGGGCCAGGAAGCAAACUGAGAUGUGAGCAACAUCCACAAUUAAAGCAUGGGAAUGGGGGUAGACCAUUGAGAACCAUCUCGGGCAACAGGUCAGAGCAACAUUUUUUUUUACAAAUUAUCAUACAUAAACAACAAAAGAAAGCCUAGUUUAGAAGCCUAGUUUACAUUAGGAGCCUAGGAGGUGACUGAACCCGUAUGUAUGGCUAGAGUUUGAUAUGCUUGUUGUUCAGACUUGGAGUAUGUUCCAUAUGAUUCGUAAUUGCUCUUUACUGGAAUUCAGACAGAUUGCAGCAUCAACCACAAGACUUCCAUCCUUAAGAUGUUUUGCCUCUUUUUGUACCCCGUCCCCUCAAAAUGAACAGAAAUCGCUCUGGUGAUGCAGUGAACUUCCCCUUUUCAAAUGAGUGUGUUCCUCUUUUCGAAAGAGGAAGUUAUUUAUCUCCAAUAAACAUCAUGUAAGGGCAGCACACAAGUGCGAACCGAGGGAUCAGAAAGAAAGAGACGGCGCUUCCCCCUCCGUGUUUCACUUUUACAUUCGCUGUCCCGUUCAGCGGUGAAUGCCCUGGAGUGCCACACAGCCAAGCUAGCUUCUGCCUCAUGGACCACCUAGAACUUGGAUGUGAGGCGGUCAGUGCUUCAGCCCGAGCUUGUCCUCCUACUGACCUCGCUAAUCAGACCUCCUAUCCUGCUAGAUGAUAUCAGCAAUAUAAGUAUCUCCUGUUGUUUCGCUGACUGUACACAUUAUGCAGAAUCGCUCGGCCUUCCCUUUCCACUUCCAGCUCAAACCCGUUGGCCCUUUUUACAUUGUUCUUCCCCUUCUGAGGGAUGCUUUGAGAGGCAGAGCCUAGUUUUGAAGCACAUUUAAAGGUGGUUAUUCCAAUCAUGGCAGAGUAAUUAGAAAGUAAUCUGACAUAGCGGUAAUCCAUACAAAGAUACUGUAGGACCUGUGCAGACUAGGUUGGGGGUUCAGAUGUAGCCUUUCCGUUGCUGAUUUACUCUCAGUGCAGUGCAGUCUUUUCCUUCCAUACAAUAUCAGCCUAAGCUGUUCAAUAAAAUGUCAAAAAAUGUUUUUGACAUUUGACAAGUGCUUAAUAUACCAAAGAUUUAUUUUGUUGAGUGAAGGGAAGAAGCCUACUUUAUGAAAGUAACAGGCCACAAGACCUGAUUCCGUACCCGUUUGUUCAUUACAGUUAGGUCAAGUGCCUUUCUUUGCGGGGAUAUAGUACCCCAAUGUUUUGCGCUUUUGUAUUUUACCAUUGGGGAUUGACCUCACGACUGUCAGCGCGUUUACAGUUAAAGCCACAUUUUGGGACUCACAGGUUUAGGAAAAACUCUACCGAAUAGGUACUUUACAAAAAGGGGGGGGGGAGAUCUGUUCCAUGGCAAUUGCACAUUUGAUUUGUUGUUUGUGACAAACUUGCUACAUUUAUUUAGCCAUGUUCCAAAAGUAAGUUCCAAAAGAAACUUUAUUAAUUCAGUAUAUUCCAUUUCAUCCGUCAUUGUGUGUUUUACAAGCUCCUGCACGAGUUCCCUCCUGGAGACGCUUUGCCUAGGCUCAGUGGUUGUUCUGAAGUGUGCAGACACAGAGGGACGGGAAUGAUCAGAAAAUAUGCGCUUUGAAAAUAAACAGGGAAAGACAAAUGGCUCUCGCACACUAUUGUCUGCAUACUGUAUUUUAAAGGCUGCUGUGUCAGAUGUACCACAUAUGAAAUGUGUGUUUGUUUUUUGUUUGUUUUUGAAGUAGUCGAGCGCAUUUUAACUCCUUCCAAGUGUUUACCUUUGUUUCCAGUAUCAGUGUCAUGUAAUCAAUGCUUUUUUGGUAAUGCAGUAACAUAUGGGGGUAAAUCAACUCCUGUUGCCUUUUAAAGAGGUCGAUUUUUUUUAUUUAUCAUGUCACAUCACAGUUUAGGUUCUCUAAUGAGUGAUCAAUUUGUACAAUGUAGAAUGGGGUUGCAUUGGGAGACAUUUAGAAAUGGAAAUUAAAGUUUGUCAUUAUGGGAUGGAAAAUUAUUGACCUCUUCCCAAGGUUAGGUUUUGUGUGUGUGUGUGUGUGUGUGUGUGUGUGUGUGUGUGUGUGUGUGUGUGCGUGCGCGCGCGCAUGAGUGCGUAGUAGUAGCAGUCUGCUAGAACGGACCACAGUAAGCAAGAAUGAACAAAUAUGUGUGAGCGUGUAUGUGUGCAUAUUUGGCUCUACAGGACCAGUCACAUACUUUCUGAAGGGUUUCAUUCUUUAAAUCCCCUCCCAUUAUUUUUGAUGAGGCAGACAGGCAGCUUUUUUCCCUUUUAUUUAUAUUUUAUUUUGUUUUUAUUGGAACAUUUCAUGGCUUACCUUUUUGUUUUCCAGGAGAAACAGCAAUAGUCUGUGUGCUAACAGAAUAAACAAAAAACUCCUUCCUCAA